UGGACGAUAACCAAAUAUGAAAUCGACCCCGAAUCCAAGAUCGGCGUUGGGUUCUUUAGCGAUGUGUAUAAAGGGACUUGGAGGGGUCGGACGGUUGCCGUUAAAGCCCUUGCCAAAACCACGUCUAGGAAGUUGUUCGUUCGGGAGAUCGAGAGGUGGAAAGAUCUGAGACACCCGAAUGUCUUGCAGCUUUAUGGGGCGAGUGGGGAGGCCCCGUGGUUUUUUGUUAGUCCCUAUAUGAAGAAUGGGAACUUGGUGGAGUUUUUGAAGAGGAUUGGGGACCUAUCCAGGGAAUGGGAUCUCUUUCGGUUCAUGUAUGAGAUCGCAGAGGGGAUGGAGUACCUACACUCUCAUGGGGUGUUGCAUGGCGACUUGAAGGCUGCAAACGUGUUGGUCGAUGAUAACAUUCAUUGUGUCGUUUCGGAUUUUGCACAGAGCGAGAUGAAGUCGGAGGUUCUUAAGAUUAGUGGGACGCCUCUUCAUGGGACUUUGAGAUGGCAAGCACCCGAACUUUUGUUAGGCCAGAGUCGGUUGACGGCUGAGAUGGACGUGUAUGCGUUCGCCAUCUGUUGCAUUGAGAUCUUGAGCAUGGGUCGAAUGCCUUGGCCGCUGCAAGACGACGAAUUCGUUCGUCAUCUCGUCCUUGGUGCUCCGCACCACCACGACUCACGCUUCACCAAUCCACUGCGGGUACAAGAGCUCCUGCGCAUCUGUUGGCACCGCGAUCCGACCCUCCGCCCGCCGUUCUCCAAGAUU